AAAAUGUCCAAUACUGAAGAACAAAAAAGCGUAGAGCAACAAGUUGAAGCUGUUACCUCUCAACUCGAGGAAACCACAAUUUCUCAACAACCUUCAGGUCCAGUCACUGAACUUACUGAAGAACAAGAAGCAAGAUUCAAUUUGAUUAGAAGUGUUGGUGAAGAAUGUAUUCAAGAAGAUGAACUCCGUGUUCUCAUCAAGAAUAAGAAGGAACAAAUUAUUUGUUAUGACGGUUUUGAACCAUCAGGCCGUAUUCACAUUGCCCAAGGUGUUAUGAAGGCUAUCAAUGUUAAUAAGCUUACCAAGGCUGGAUGUAAAUUCAUCUUUUUGGUUGCCGAUUGGUUCGCUCUCAUGAAUAACAAGAUGGAUGGUGAUUUGGAAAAGAUUCAAACUGUUGGUAAAUACAUGAUUGAAGUAUGGAAGAGUAUUGGUAUGGAUUUGAAUAAUGUCGAAUUUGUUUGGAGUAGUGAAAUUAUUAACAAGGACCCUAACACUUAUUGGUUAAAUGUCCUUGAUAUUGCUCGUAAUAACAAUUUGGCCCGUAUUAAACGUUGCUCACAAAUUAUGGGUCGUAACGAAGCCGAAGACUUGAGUGCUGCUCAAAUCUUUUAUCCAUGUAUGCAAUGUGCUGAUAUCUUCUAUUUGAAGGCUGAUAUCUGUCAAUUGGGUAUGGAUCAAAGAAAGGUCAACAUGUUGGCUCGUGAAUAUUCCGAAUUGAAGAGAAAGGAUAAGAAGACUAAAUCAAAGUUCAGAUUCUCUCCAAUCAUUCUCUCUCACCACAUGUUGCCAGGUUUGGAUGGUUCAACAAAGAUGGCCAAAUCUAAUCCACUUGCUGCUAUUUUCAUGGAAGAUAGUGAAGCUGAUGUCAAUAAGAAAGUUAAGAGUGCUUUCUGUGAACCAGGUAAUAUUGAAAAGAACCCACCUCUUGAAUAUAUCAAACAUAUUAUUUUACCAAUGAGAGGUGAACUUUUGAUUGAAAAAGACGAAAAGUUCGGUGGAAAUAAGACUUACACAACCUAUGAAGAAAUUGAAAAGGACUUUGCUGAACAAACCUUGCAUCCUUCUGAACUUAAGCCAGCUUUGUCUAAGGCUAUUAAUGCUAUCCUUGCCCCAGUCCGUGAACACUUUAAGAAUGACCAAAAUGCUAAGAGUUUGUUGGAAAAGGUUCAAAAGUUCAAGGUUACAAAAUAAAUUAAUUUAUUCAUCCUUUU